AUGACGAGUAAAGAUUCAAACAACUGGUAUCAAAGUCCAUGUGAUUUGUCGAAACUCUGUCGCUGUCCAGAUCUCACUAAGAGUAAACUGAAGCCUUUGGAAGGCGUGGGUAUGAAAUGUCGCAAAAAAGACUUGAGCAGCACGAUAAAAAAGCUCGUGGAACUUGUCUCCGAUCCGGUGACCAGUGUGAACACGUUCAGAAUUUGCCAGCACUUGGACGACUUUGUCAAUCUCAACAACAAUCAGGCAUUCUACCUGAAGGAUCUAGACGACAUAAUGUGCAUUCUCGAGUUCUUGGCACUGCAAGCACGACAUGUUGCAGAGUAUCAAAAAUACCUGGACGAGAUGCUGGAACUAUGUGGAAUGCCUCCGCUGUUGAAGAAAUCAUCGGAUGGACUUUUCUGCGUGGAAGUACUUGAGCACUAUUUCACCUUGUUCGCUUAUCUCCUGGUGAUCCUACCAACGGUUCCCGAGAUUCUGAUGGUUCAUCGAGCGAUUCACCGACUGCUUGACAGGAAAAAAGUGGGCCACAUAGCCGCCGUCAAGUUGGACCACUGUCAUCGCGCAGUCGAAGGAUCUAUUUUACCCGUUAUCAUCACGGCGUUGCUUGAAAUCGCAACUGACGAAAUUCAUCCCAGGAUGUUGGAAACCACCUUGCUGGUUGCUUCCAUCUCGCAUAAAUGCUGCUACAGAAUGAUGGAGGCUGGAGUUUUUGAGCACAUUUUGAUCCGUCUUGAUCGCAAUCAUGCUACCAGACCAAAGCACAAACCGGCACCAGAAAUCCCAGAAAACGAAUUGGGGGCGGAUUGUCAGUCGGAGUUAGUGUUACUGAUAUCAAAUAUCAUUUGGACGCUCUUGGAGUCUAUAAUGUUGCCGGAAACGUUGUCAAAAGAUAUAAAUAUCCUGGUAAAACCGCCGUCCCAAUCCGCAAUGUGGAGUCUUCGUCAUGCGUUUAAACGAGAAGUUCGCUGUGCUGGUCGGAAUCGGAGCAGCGUCACGUUGAGAAAUGACUUGGCAGCUAUAAUGCUAGCAAUCCUUGCCACUCUUCCGGAUUGGAAAUUUGUCCAGUCCGGACUGGCCGAAGACCUCGUGAUCCUCGCUGUAGCGACUGAAUUCGGGACCGAAAACACGUGGGCGAGUGGCGUGAGGUUCGGUAAUUCCAACGAAGAUUUUCGGUUCAAAAAAAUACUGAUAUUGAUCAUGUGUCAUCUGAGUAAAAUAGGAGCUAGUGUGGAGAUCAUGAAACAGAGAAGACUUAUGGCGAGUAUUUUGAGCUUAAUCAAUCCAGACGCCAAAGAAAUGAAUAAAUCGCUAAAUGAAAUGCAGUUCUGGGACUUACACAAGUACGCUUUAUACGCUCUUGCAGUCCUUCUUCCACUGAUACCUGAGAAGUUCAUUGAAUACAGAGGAACUAAUAGGAUACUGAUGAUCCUCGAAUGGAGUAUGUUAAAGCGAUGCGAUUCUCAGCUAAUUUUAAACUGCAUGAAAACGUUGAAUGCCAUUAUCAUGAGCGAGAAAGAAAUUAUUCGCAAAGAUUUUCAAGAUCAGGGUGCAGUUGGAACAGUUUUGAAAGUUAUCCACUUUGUUCUGUCCGUGAACGUUAUCAACUCUGAACAUCAACGUAUAUUAACUCACGCGAUGAUGAUUCUGGAGGCUUUGAUCAAGAACAAUAAGCGUUACCAAAUGAUGUACGGUGAACAAGGGAUUAAAAUGGUACUGAGACUGCUGCAUAGAUGCUUUUACGACAAAACCGAGCUGCACUUUGAGCCAGACAGCAGGUAA